UAGUCUGAGAAGCCGACGUCACGCGCGAGGGCAUCUACCAGCCGCCAUUGACACCCUCACUCGCACUAUCCCUCGGCCCGACCGCGCGUUACCGAAGCAGUGCAAGGUCGUUCCCUCUCACCAUCACACCCAUGAUGUCUGUCGGGCCAUUGUCCUGAUGUCGCUGCCCUCUCGGUCCUCUCGAUUCGUCUUCAAUGCACGCUCGGCGGCAUUAGCGCCACCGCGCCUGUCUACCUUACUGCGCGACCCCGGAUCGAAGGAAUUCGCUGUUAUCGACUCCACACUUCAUAAUAAUUACAGAGCACUUCGAACGUCGAUAGACGAGGAUAAACAAGACAUGAGAUGCGUAGCCGAGACUGUACCGUGUACAUGCAGAGAAUCCGUGCACGCAAGAUCGAUGGGAGAGACGGAAGGUGGGCCGGGCGAUUAUGUACUAGCAUCGGGACGCAGUGCCUUAUCUAGAGCGGCGGGCGUAUUGUAUGUACAGGUCAGACAGCAUGAGGGCAAUUAUACAUUGUACAAGCGUCGAGAUGGUGGUGGUACAAGUGGACAUGCGUGGGGAGUCGUCGCGGGGGAAGAACCCCCUGGCGAGGAUGCUGGCGAGAGAGGUGCGGAUGCCGUGGCGAGAGCGCACUGCGACACGAUCGACACUAUUUGAAUGGGCAGUUAGGCGAGUGCUCGUUGCGCAUGCCGCAGUGGCAGCACUGCGCGGUGCUGUGCGAGCAUGGGGGCUGGUCGACAGCCUGACGCUGGACGGGG